AUGGCUGUCGGUCAUCUGGGUACUAGUCUUACAACAGAGGGUAUGCUUGGUAUGCUUCUUGGUGCAAAUAUUGAACCAGCAUCAGCCGCCAACAUGCAACAGACCUGCAACAAAGUGGGGGAAAUUAUCACCAAAGUAAAUAAAAACAGCAUGAAGAAAAUAAGGCAGAACAUUCAAGAACUUAAUGAAAAAUGUGGACUUCCUGAUACCCCUAUCAGAGCGGAAGGAGAUGCUCGGUAUAAUAAUGCCACCUUUAGUGCCAUUGGAAAAACCCCAUUCCAAGCUGCCACCCAAGUGACUUAUACCGUAAGUGAAAAUGUAACUCAGAGGAAAAAUGUUGUGGCAGUGUUCUGUGGGAACAAACUAUGCAAGAAAGGCACACACCUGCGAAGCAAAGGAAAGGAAGUUACCUGCCCGGGACACGAAGACUGCACUGCAACCAUUCCUCCGGAGACCACCAUUGGAGAUGAGAAGAGAUGGGCUGCAAACUGUAUCGGGGAGUUACAAAGUGAUGACCGUCCACUCGUCAUUUCCCAUUUCACUAGUGAUGGAGACAGUGCCGCUGCAUCUGGCGCAUCUGUAAAACAAGGACAUGUGAUUGAAAACCUUAAAGACUUGCGUCACUUCUUUGACUCUCAAAGAAAACAGACAGCGAAGGCUCCAUUCAGCAGUCACAUGUUUCCGGGAAGAACCAAAGCCAUAAGAGAAUCCAUGCAGAGAAGAUUUGCCUUAGACUUGAAGCUUCGAUGCAGGACAGAGUACGAGAAUUGCUACAAACACUACUCCGGAGACUUACCUUUGAUGAAGAGGGCUAUGUCUACUGCUGUUGGUUCCAUCAUAAGCUGCUACCAAGGACAGUGCGGAAAGUCCUGUCAACUUCAUUCCUUUUCCUGUCGUGGACUGAAAAGCAAUAAGUGGAAAUCUUCAGUGUUGCCUAGUGACUUUGAAUUAAACAUGACAGAAGAUGACAAAUGUUUGUUAAAAGACUGUAUAAAUUUGACUUUAGGAUCAAGUAAUCUUGACAGAAUUAAAUUUCAUACUUGUACACAAAAAUCUGAAUCUGUGAAUAGGGCAUAUUUAAAAUCAAAUCCAAAAUGUAUUACAAGUAGUAGAAAUUUUGAAAGUAGAAUACAUAAAGUUGUGCACUCACUGAAUAGGGGUCAUGGAAACUCAACAUUGGAACUUUGUGAAUCUGUAGGGGCACCUGUUGUAAAAGGAAGUAGAGUUGUCCAUCAUCUAAAACAACAACAAAAUAGGCAAAAUUACUUUAAAAUGAAACAAAAACUGUUAAAAUAUAAAUCUCAAAGAAAAUACUAUAGAUCUAAAAGAUAUCAGCUGUACGAUAAAAAAUCUAAAGACACUUACUGUAAAUCACUAACAGAUCCAAAAUUAAAAAGGAAGUUGUAAGAUUGUAAAAGGGGGGGGGGCAUUGAUGC